GCUACAACCCUCCAGCAGUCAAAACUCGAAAGUUUAGAAAGCAAGUGCGCUCGUGUAGGGGAUGGUUUAUCUGCUUUAAAAUGUGAUAAACCGAGUACUUUUAAAUAUGGCAACCAAAUUCCACCAAGCGGCUAGAGACGGUUAUUUGGAUUUACUCAGAGAAGCUACCAGAAAAGACGCAGACACCCCUGACGAAGAUGGAAUGACCCCUACACUCUGGGCCGCCUACUUCGGCAACUUGGAUGCAUUACGACUGCUGGUUGGGAGAGGAGGUGAUGCAGACAAAUGUGACUUGUUGGGGAACACAGCCCUGCACCAUGCGUCCUUCAAUGGUCACCUCCACUGUGUCACAUACCUGGUCAAUUUUGGGGUCAACAUUUGGGCUCUGGACAAUGACCAUCACUCCUCUCUGGACUUGGCCUCCAUGAAGAACCACAUGGAUGUUGUCCGCUUUCUAGACGGAGUUGUAGCCAAGCAGUCGGCAACAAACCCAAAGUUUGUGAAAAAGAUGAAAGAAAAGGCAGUCCUGGAGGCAGAUGAAAGAUUUAAGAGAUAUGAAAAACUGCAAUUCAAGGCACAAAAAAGGGCAGAAAAAGAAGAACGAAGAAUGUAUGCUGAAGAAAAUCCAGAACCUGCUCAGAAAAGGUCAUUUUUCAAGACGCUGACUCUAAGACUUAAAGGAAGUAAAGUGCAAGAGGAGCUGAACAAAGGAUCAGAACCUGCCAAUACAGAAAACAACCGGGGCGGAACAGUUGGCUACAGUGCUCACGGUGGGGCAUCUCGUAAAAUUGAAGCUAAGAAAGGCAUGCGCAAUGGCAACUUUAAAAUAGGAGGAAUGCAGGCAGAUGGACGUAGAACCAGUCAGUCACUCACAGGUGGCUAUGUUCAUGACUCUGAAAUCAUGUACACUAAAACAGAUGGACAACCUGAGGAAGAUGUAAAUAUGACCAACCAAAUGACAAGCCCAAAUAGAAAGCGGCUUGAUGAAUUGUUCGAUAACAUAAGUUUAGAAGGCAAGAAGGGGAGAGAAGGGAACGCUGACUCAGGGGUAGAUAGUGCAGACUCCCUAAAUAAAAGCAAUGCUUUUGGAGUUUUUGAUAGGCCUGGGUUUGGCAACAUGGCAUUUUUGAACCGUGCUGCCAUGUCGCUUCCUCCAGAACACCAGGGAGAAGACGAUGACGAUGGUUUUGACGACAAUGAGUUGAUCGAUCAAAUUGCCAAUGGAAAUGGAAAACAAAGAGAAGGUAGCUACACGGACAGCAUAGGCACUGCCAGCAGCCUUACGUCCAAAGAUCAUAAAGGUACAGAAUGGCAGGAAGAUGAUGCUUAUCUGGAUGAAGAUGAUGAGCAGUGUACGCCACUCGAGUUAUUUUUAGCGUCCCAUGGACUUAUGGAGUUUAUCCCCCAGUUUAACAGAGAGAAGGUGGAUUUGGAAGCAUUAAUGUUGCUGACUGAUUCAGAUUUAAGAGAUUUGAAUGUGCCACUUGGACCCCGUCGCAAAAUACUUGAAGCUGUUGAGAAGCGCAAACUCGUCCUUGGCGAACCAGGGUUCCUUGAAGAUACACACUUGUAGAUAAGACCAGUGCUGGUUUAUGAUAAGAGUUAAUGUCACAGCAGAAGCAGUCUGCCUUUCCCAUUUGAGGGUAAAGAUUUUUUGUCACAUGAGAACAAGAUGUUGAACAUGAAUGUACCAAAAUUUUAACAAGACACUCUCUAUGUAGGUUGUGCUUGUGGCAGAUUAUUAUUUUAAGAAUAUUUUUAAAGUGAAAUGUGAACUUUUGAUUUUGGUUUCUUUUAGUGUAGGUAAAGAUAGAUAUUUCAGUGAGUUGAUAACCUGAUAAGGUAACCUAGUAAGGAAAACGUAUAUAUUUAGAUUUCACAUGUUAAUUGGUGCUAAUUCAGUCUACAAAUGAUGGGUCACAUGAUUAAAUCUGUCAUGUAAUAUUUAUUUUAAUAUAUAGUUUAACAUUCUUCAUAUUGGAAGAAUGAUUGUUACACUUGCAGAUCACAUUUUAAAAUUGAUAUAAUAAAUGGUGAAUAGAGCAAGAAAAAUACUUCAUAAAGCUGCUCGCACUACGGUUUUGGAUGUGAUGAAUUAUGCAUGUUUUAUUUUCAAAAAAGGUCAAUGUUGUGUUGUAAGAAAAGGCUUUGAAGUGUUCAGUUUUCUUUUAUUUUGUUAUUAUGAAAAUUAACAAAUUUGUUAUGUUGUAGCUUUCUGAUUAUUCUUUAAUCAGGAUUUACGAAAGAAUAACUUAAGAGGUACUUAAUACAUUUAGAACCACAGAAACUUAAAUGUUGGUCACAUGAUUUAAGGUCACAUUUAAAUUAAAAUGGACGUGAAAUUCAUAUAUUAGUUAAGUGGAGAAUAUAGUAUGCUUUUUCAGUCUUGAAAUUUUAUUGUUUUAAGUUGAUUAAUAAGUAUUUUAACCCUCCUGAAUGUUGGUGCUCAGUUAAUGAAUGCAGGUGUAUAAAAGGAAAAUUUACUUCACAAUUUAACAUUUCAUAAUAGGAUCAUACACUGCUGUAAAGGUAGUCUUGUAUUUGGUGAAAGAAUUUCACGUACGACUAUUGAUUAAAAUCAUUCUCUGUGAUUGUUUAGUUGCAUGUUGAGUUAUACAGUAAAGGAAAAUAUAUAUCCACUUGGGACCAAAAGUGUGAUUGAUGACAUACUGCUGAUUUUGUUGCUAGUUUUAUAUAGCUGAUCAAUAGAUUUUUUCAUAAUUGCCAACUUAUUUCUGUAUUAUGAUUUUAUUUAGUGUUUAUUUUAGUAUUUUAUUUUUUAGCCUUGGUGGUGAUUCUCGGUUUCAGAUGAUUGAAUAUCUCUAGAUUAGGUUUAUACGUAUGAACCUAUCUUUAUGAAUUUGUUAAUUUAUCUUUCCAUCUAGAGAGGGGGGAACAUAUAUAUAUUUAGAUAUAUAAUAUAGACAUAUACGUACGUUUUUGUCCAGGCAGAGCUUCCAGUCAUUUCACACUAGUCUAUGAUUGUUUUCCCCUCUACCUGGAAGCGCAUAUCAUAUGUAUAUCGCUUGCUUUUUAACCUGGUGCUAGGGCCUUUUAUUAUUAUUAUUAUUAUUAUUAUCCUGUAUAAUAUAGCUAGAGCUUCUACUGCUGAUUUUCUCUACCAAGUUUGAUGAUUCAAUGAAUUAUGCAUACCUGUUUUUUCAAUAUGCUCUCUUGCCAGGAAUAUUCCAUGCCAUGAAUUGAUUAUAAUAUUUAGAUAACUUGAUAAGGAUCCAAUAAGUAAGACUGUGUAUAGCAUCUAGAUUGAAGGCUUGAAAGUACAGAAAAAAGAGACCAUGUAUUUAACAUUGCUUCUUAAAUAAAACCUGCUUAAACUUUAUGCAACCA